AUGUGGUGGGCACAGCCUGUCCGGGCAGGGGGCAGAGGGAAGCUGCGUUUCAGGGCGAAGAGCUUUGUCACGACCCUCUUCCGGGAUGUGGUUUCGGCCUCGCCGUCACAGCUGCAGUUCUGUGAUUGCCUCUUGGUCUCCCAUCCAGGCCUGGCCCUGCUUAGCUUCCAAGUGCCCAUGGCAGCGUGGGAGGAGGAGGAGAAGGAGACCCCCCCGAGGUGGUUCAGCCAGUUCCAGAAGGGCCGUCGGUUCUCCUACGUGGACGCGGCUGGCCAGCCGCUGGGCGUGGUGCAGCUCUCCUUCCUCCGUCUGCUGAGCAUCUCCGCCCGCCAGAACUUCACGUACCACUGCCGGCACUCGGCUGCCUGGCACAGCCCGGAGUCCCCCGCCUUGGGGGGCUACCAGCGGGCGCUGCGCUUCCGAGGGGCCAACGAGGACGAGUUGAGCUAUGACAACAGCCCCUACGUCAAGGCGCUGGUGGACGGCUGUGCGGCACGGAAAGCGUCCAGCAAGACGGUCCUGGAGGUCAACACCCCCCAGGUGGAGCACCUGCCCUUGCUGGACGUGCACCUGACAGACUUUGGGGAGCCCGGGCAGGGCUUUGGUUUUGAGGUGGGGGCCGCCUGCUUUCUGGGCUAG